CUACUCCAGACAAGUACCAUACAUUACAGCAACCAAGCAGCCACCACCACCUUUCCAUGUUCUCGGCAUCUCGAUCCCCAUCCAGGCGUUGCGAGCAUCAAGCAUGCAUGCAACCGCAACGUGAUCCAUAUUGGGAUUUCGCCCCUAGCAUGGAGAAAUGGCAUGCCUCGACAACAAAUUCGGCAUCUCGAUGUCCCGAUCUGUCCCGCUAAAUCGCGAUGGCAAUCUGCUCGCUGUUUGGCUGUUGAUCUUUUUUCGCCUGUCAAGUUUGCCAAGCGUACUAUGUGGUGGGGCCGCAGCCCAACGCGGAGUUUGGACUGCAUGUGUCAACUUCUCGAUCUCUCACUCUUGCCUCGAUUUCAGCAACACCAAACACCAUGCAACUGACAGCCCGUGUCUUGGCAUAGCCGCCUCCCACGGCAUUGGCUGCCAUAGGAGAAAUCAUCCGCCUCCCCAAGACCCAAUUAGCCCAGCAAUUUACAUUCUUCGGCUGGCCCAAUGGCAACAGCGUACCUACCACUUUCGUCUGAGCUGCGUCGACCAACGGUACGGUAGUUUGGCUCUCUCUCGUCCCCCAUCUCACGAUAUUGCAGCAACGGCCGCGCAAAAUGAUAAGGCUACCGGCUCGAAUGACUUUACUUUCACAGUUAUCCUUGCAAGCCUCGUGAACGCCUGGGAGUCAGGCCAUGCUCAGAUGUUCGUGCCCAUGUUCGAGACAGUUGAUUUGAACGGGACGAAUGAGGUCCAAUUCCCAGCCCCAUUCUUAUUGUCGGCACAAGCUUCAACCGCAGAUCUCGAUCUCUUCAACACCAGGCCCGUUUUCGACUCCCACACCACGUAUUAUUGCAUCUGCUAACAUUAAUCACCCGUUCAAAGAAUAUCCACGGAGCCAGGGCCGCGGCCAAUCGCUGCGUGUAAUUGUGGGUACUGCUCAGCGCUAUUACAUCACUGGC